AUGUCCGAUGUGACCGCUCUCGAGGCGGAGGUCAAAGAAUUCAAGCUUCAGCUGGAAACAGUGCAGGCAAGCUUGCAGGUAGAUCCCGACAACACAGAGCUGGAAAGCCUCAAGACUGAACUCGAAGAACUCAUAUCCCUCACCGAAACCGCCAUCGCGGAACUGAAACCCGCCGCACCAUCACCACCCACCCCGGCGCUCACCAAAGAGAGAUGGUCCAAGGACACGGGACCGCCAACGGCCGACCGAGCGGAGGAAACCCUCACGGCCCCGGCUACCUUCACCGUCAAUGAGAAUGUCCUGGCGCGCUGGGUGUCUGGGGACGGUGCCUUCUAUCCAGCCCGCAUCACCUCGAUUACCGGCUCCUCCACCAAUCCGGUGUACAUUGUGUCGUUCAAGUCAUACGCGACGGUUGAGACCCUGCACGCCAAGGAUAUCCGACCCAUCUCGGGCCCAGACUCACGGAAGCGCAAGGCUGAUGGAACCCCAGGCAGUUCGGCGUCGCCGUCCCCAGCGCCCCCUCACCCGAGUGUGAUCUCGGCGGCUGCAGACAUCAACCCCGCGCUGGCCACCCAGGCCCGAACGGAGCCCAGCAAGGCCACCGACGGACCGGCUCGCCCCGCCAAGGCGCCACGAAAGGUCAAGGCCAAUAAGGAACUCGAGGAGGGGAAGAUGAAGUGGAAAGACUUUGCCACGAAGAGCAAGGGCAGGAGCAAGUUUGGCAAGAAGGAUAGCAUGUUCCGCACCGGCGAGGGCGUGAAUGCUCGAGUGGGAUUUACAGGCUCUGGCCAACAGAUGCGCAAGGACCCGACCCGGACACGACAUACAUACCAGCAGGCGGACGAUGAGGGCUACUAA